CUUAAUUAAUGGCGCUCUGAGGAUAAGACCCUUCUCCUCAGCAAAUCAGUGGUUAAAUCAGCAGCCAUUCGGAGGCAGCCAGAGAGACUGGCCAUUGUGACUGGUACCAGAGAAAAGGUCUGUGAUAAAACACCUUGCACCACCCUGUAUCAUCACUUACACUGCAACUGUAGCACUGAUAAAGUCCCAGUUUACAGGAUUUUUACGCUAUACAGCCACUACAUCUUAACAGCAUAGUUGGAGCAGUUACAGGCAAGGAGCUACAAAGUAUCAAAUGUAAAGACUGUGUAAGUGAGACUACAGAUUAGAGACAGUCAAUGAGAAUCUGAGCAGAACCACAACCAUCCUGCACCCAUACUACUUUCGGGUGUCACAUUUGGCGUCACUAAGAACAGGAUCUGAACACAUGACGUUGUCUGAUCAGCAAGCUGUUGGGGAUUCAUCAAGCACGUGUCCAGCUAUGGCUAGCAUAAACCGGAUUAACCUGCCCUAUUACUUUGAGGCCCCAUGGCUUCCAACAUAUAGUGGAGAUGAUCUAGAUUCUGACGGCAACUGUCUGAGAGAUUUUAAGAACAAAAUUAAGUCUGUGUUCAGCUUGUACCUACUAUCAGAGCCACAGCAAGUGGAGAUUCUAAUUGGGCAGUUGAAAGAUACGGCCUCGAGAGAGGUGAUUUCAUGGCCAGCGGAUCAAAGGAGAACAGUAGGCCUCAUCCUGAACCGACUAGCUAUGAUAUUUGAUACAAGAACGUUGUCUGAGCUUAAAUUGAACAUUUACGCAAGAAAGCAGCAGCCAGGAGAAACACUGCGUGACUUCGCACUCAGUCUACAGAAGGCUCUUCAAGCACUACAGGCCAUUGAUCCAACAGAAGUCCGACCAACCGAUGAAAUAUUGAUUAAUCAGUUCAUAGAGGGGUCCCACAGUGAGAUUGUGAAGGUGCAUUUACGCCUACUUCAGUUACAGUUACCAAACAGCUAAUUUUUGUGCUUCAAAGAAACUGCCAUUAAGGUGGUAGGGAGAUUACAGAGACAAGAAAUUCCCUAUCCAGAGAUCACAAAGCAGGAAAUCAUAGAUAUGCACAUACCAGAAGACGUUGCUGUACAGGGGGCUCAGGUCCUAAGUACCGAUAUAUUAAGUGCUAUAGAAGUACAAGUCGCUGAACUGACCCAUGGGAUAACUGAAAUGUGCCAGCAAUUGCGGUAUUUCAUGCAACAACAAGCUAAGUGCAGAGGAGGGACAGAAUGGAGCAUCGAUGAAGUACAAUACAGAGAUGUGGACCUUCGUCCUGUUGUCCAGAAUCAAAUUGACAUUGUUGCCACACCAGCUACAGACCCAGAGCCUGAAGUCAGUGCAAGAAAAGUUAUGGGAAAAGUAAUUUGGUUUAGUUUGCGAUAUGGCUAUGGCUUCAUAAAUCGGGAUGACACCAAGAAAGAUGUGUUUGUACAUUACACUGCCAUUAAGAAGAACAAACCCAGAAACUACCUCCGCAGCCUGCGAAAUGGAGAGAUUGUUGAAUUCGAUGUGAUAAAGGGGGAAAAAGGUGUGGAAGCUGCCAAUGUGACAGGUCCUGGCGGUGUUCCAGUUCAAGGCAGCAGAUAUGCAGCAGAUCACAAGCGUUAUUGGCUCUAUACACAUCGCAGAGGUUUUCCACGUAAACAUCAGCAAAAUUACCAAUCCCGCAAAGAUGAAGAGGAGUCUGAAGAGAUGGAAAGUGUGACAGAAAGUACAAGUCAACAACAGUCUAAUCAGAUGAGUAGCUACCCACCAUACCAUUUAAAGAGACCAUAUGAAUGCAGACAACUAUAUCCUGAUAGUCAAGUGAAAAGUGAACUAUUAGGAAGAACAGACAACCAAAAUGUAUUGAAUGGAUGUAUGCAACAUGAUCUAGAAGACCCGGCUCAGUGUGGACCUAGAAUGGAUAACUUCGAUUCCAGUACGGCCUAUUCCAAUCAUACAAGUUUAAGUACUGCUGAACGGGAAAGAGAUGCUGAAGAAGUGAUUCAUGCGGCCAAGGCAGAAGGAUUGGGACCACCUAAACACAGUUGCCCAGAUUCAAGUAUAUCAAAGUCUGAAUCUAGUGUAGUUAAAUCCCCUAGUGUAGUUAAAGAGGCCGUGACAUAUCUUUUUCCAGAGUGGCAUCGCUCAGACUACAAAUAUAUCACGAUAAGCUCUAGAGAGGUAGCAUCAAUAUUGCAACAGGCAUCGAGCAAGUCAGGAAAGAGGAACAAAGGUGAUAAAUUUUCUAAUUAA